CUUCUCAGGCUACUAAUAUCAAGCAGUUUUAUCUAGAAAUGCUUAACUGAAGCAUCUUUUGAAGUCUUCCUCUUGGUUCCUUAGAAUAGUAGCACUUAUGCUCGAUCAUGUUAGAGUUUUGAUUUCUGAUCAUUACAUGCAGUUCUGUUUAUUUUCAGUACUACAACAGCUAGUGUCAAUCCUAUCCUUUUCUCUAUUCCUGGCUGCAAGUUUCAGGGCACGACAACAACAACUAUUUAACAUCUAUCAAUAGUAGCAAGUGUGUGGCAGAGUUUUCAGGUUUACAUUUCACACUAGUUUCUGCUGUUUUUUUUGCUUUAAUGCAAAAUUCUUUUCUAUCUACAAUAUUCAGCUUGAGUACCUGUUCUAGCUAGCCAUUGUCUUCUUUGGCUAUUAGUAUUGUUGCCAAGUUUAGUUCCUGCAUUAGUUCAAUUUCAGGUUUAGUUGAAUUCACAUAGUCUACCUGGAUGCACUGCUCUUCAUGCUCAUUACAUGAAAGAUUGUGCUGACAAUGAGAAGAGUGGGAUACUAGUUAGGUUCAAGGGUAUUUAUAUGUUGAAUUCAUCAGAUUUUGAGGUUGGGCUUGUGAGAUACAAUCAUCUAUAUGACUUCUUCAACUUUGGUGCGUUGGAUUGUUCCCUUCUUCGAUGCUUGACACUGGCUUUUGCAACACACACAAGCAAGAUGAAAGACAAACCAAAGCCAUUAACACACGCUGCUAAAUAUGCGUGCCACCAACAAUCUAUUUCUGGCAAGGGAUCUGGCUUCUAUGCUGCACACCACUUGAUUUUAGCCAUGGGACAAACAAACUUGGAAUGCCCUGAGGAAUUUGAAGUGCUGACGAAGCCCAUCGAUGUGCACAUGAUUAGAGAAAAGUUGGCUAUGUUCUUAGUGGCACAGGUCAUCCACAAGAAAGGAGAGUUCUACCAUCCUAGCUAACCAUCAGUGAUGUGUGAAUGCCACUACAAAUAUGGGUCUAGUGAUGUAGUGUCUGACUGAAUAAGUUAAGUUCAGUGUUGUGAUGGAUUUCGAACAAGUUGUGAACCUGUUGUGAAUCUGUCAUGAAUUUGAUAUAAAUAUGGAUUUGUUAAACUUGAUAUCUAUUUGAAGAGCUUCUGUUAUGAACAUGUAGUAAUAUAUCUCUGAGUGGCUUUCAUA